AUGGCGUCACUAUCAUCGGCUCGAGGAAGAGCGAGGAGAGGAGGGGGAGGAGGAAGAGGAGGCACGGCGACAUCCUCGGCGAGGGGCGGGGGCCGGGAGAGGCAGAGCGUCGUGCAAGCAAUGCGAGCAGCGGGGAGAGGCAGAGGCAGGCGGUCUCCAGCGUUUGAGGUCACCUCCGCCGCCGCGCCCUCGGCUGCCUCUCUGCAGCAGCUUCUCAAGCAGGCCCGAUCCUCGGGGUCGCUGAAUCUGACGUCCAAGGGCCUGGAGGAAGUCCCCGGUCAAGUCUUCAAUCUCCUUGAUGGCGUCGACGCUGCGGACGGGGAGAAGUUUUGGGAGGCGUGCGAGCUGCAGCGGCUCGACCUCAGCUUCAACCAGAUCACCGAGCUGCCCGCCGCGGUGUCCAACCUGUCGGUCCUCGUGUCCCUGAAGCUGCGCAAGAAUCGUCUGUCCUCCGUGCCUCCCGAGCUGUUCUCCCUAGAGUCUCUGUCGCUCCUCGACCUCACCGGCAACGCCAUCCGCGAGCUGCCCGAAGAGGGCCUGGGCGCGGCCGUCGCCCUGAAGGGUCUGCUACUUUCGGGAAACCGACUUUCUCGUCUCCCCUCCUCCGUGGGAAGCCUCCACGGAUUGGAAACCCUGGAGCUUAGCGACAACACCAUCCGCUCUCUCCCCGAGUCGAUCGAUGGGCUCAAGCGCCUGGCGACGCUUACCGUGAGCAACAACGGUCUGGCGAGCCUUCCCGAGUCUGUGGGAGGUCUUCGUUCCGUGAAGCUGCUGGACUUUAGCCGGAACGGUAUCGAGACGGUUCCGAAGAACGGGCUCGCGCGUCUCGGGGCUCUGACGUCACUUGAUUUGCGGGAGAACAAGCUCACGGAAGUUCCUCCGCUCCCGGAGGGUGGCCGCCUUGCCCAGGUUUUCCUGGGUUUCAACUUGCUCACCUCCCUCGAUGGCGCUGCUCUCCUCGGCGUGUCAGCGGGACUCACCGAGCUUCACGUUCAGAGCAACCGAAUUGGCCAGCUGCCGGAAGAGGUAGGGUCCCUGGCUCGCCUCAAGACCUUAGACGUGUCCAACAACGAUCUCGGCGAGUUACCGGCCGCCCUGGGUUACCUGCCGCACCUGCACCGACUUGCUGUUGAUGGCAACCCGCUUCGGACGAUUCGCCGCUCCCUCUUGUCGGGAGGGGCUUCAUCGCUCAAGAAAUAUCUCAGGACUCGAGGUCCGUGCCCCGACUAUCCUGGACUGGAAGCAGCGGACGAGGACGAUGAUGCUGCUGCGUCUUCGGGUGGGGGGGGUCUGUCGGAGGAUGCUGUUCAGGCAGUGAGUAGGAGCGCGCUAGAGACUGGAACGCUGGACGUGGAGGGAAGGGGGAUGACUUCGCUUCCUCCGGGGCUGUUCCAGGAUGACCGCACGCUGUCGGCGGUGACCAGGGCCAAACUUUCCGGCAACAAGCUGCAGGCGUUCUUGGCGCCGCCGGCGAUAGCGCCUCCCGGGAGCCUGCCGCUGUCGAUAUCCAUCCGGGAGUUGGACCUGUCGUCCAACGAUCUGGGAGAGGUGCCUCCGGCUAUCUUUGCCUGCCGUGGCCUACAGACGCUAGUCCUGGCCUACAACCCCCUGUCGGACGUGUCUGGCCUGCCCUGGGCGGCCCUAGGGAGUCUCGAGACCCUUGACCUGUCGAACAACCGCCUCCGCUGCCUUGGAGACGUUGUCCUAAUGACCUGGUUGCGCCGCCUGAACCUCGAGAACAACGACAUUUCUCCGGUGCCGCUGGAACUCGGCCUGUGCACGGGUCUGGAAUCCCUCCUCCUCGCCGGGAACCCUCAGCGGCAGAUAAGCCCGUCCCUCCUCCAGCGCGGGACUGUCGCCACGCUGGCCUACCUCCGAGACCGCCUGCCCCCCGACCACCGCCCCCGCACCCCGAUAACGCCUCCCCCUGCUCCAAAACCUUUCAAUGAUGCCACCGCCGCUGGGACGGGUAGUAGUGCUCAUGGUUCUCUAGGCGGCGGCGGUGCGGGCGGCCGGGGCGGGGGCGGGAGCGGGGGCGGGGGCGGGGGGGGAGAGGCGGCGAAGAGGAUUGCCUUGUUGACCGCCGAGGUUGAGGCGCUCAGGGAGGAGACGGAGGCGCCGGGCCUCAGUCAGGCCAAGGCCUACGCGUUGAAGAAGAAGCUGCAGAUGAAGAGGGCCGCGUUGAUUCGCGAGGAGAGGGCGCUCAAGCAGGCUCAGCAGGGCGGGGGGAGAUGA